AUGGCAGUGAACCAGACGGCAGCGUUGAAGGUUUCGUCUAUAAAAAUCAUACGAAAUAAACAAACCGGACAGUCUAAAGGAUACGGAUUCGUGGAGUUUAGCUCUCGAGCAGCGGCUGAAAAGGUUUUACAGAUCUGUAAUGGUUCUCUGAUGCCAAAUACAGAGCAGCCUUUCCGUCUGAACUGGGCUUCGUUCGAUGUGAACGAAAGACGAUCUGAUGCUGGCCCCGAUCUAUCUAUAUUCAUAGGAGAUUUGGCUGCCGAUGUAACUGAUACGGUGUUGGAUGAAACCUUUUCUAGUAAAUUUCAAUCUGUCAAAGGAGCAAAAGUUGUUAUCGAUUCGAAUACCGGUCGUUCGAAAGGUUAUGGUUUCGUUCGGUUCGGUGAUGAAAAUGAAAGGUCGAAGGCCAUGACUGAAAUGAAUGGAGUGUAUUGCUCAAGUAGACCAAUGAGAAUUAGUGUUGCCACUCCCAAGAAAGCAUUUGGAUAUCAGCAACAGUAUUAUUCGCAAGGUAGACAAGCAUCGAAUGGUGCUGUGGAACAAGGUCUUCAUUCUCAUAAUGACUCGAACAAUGCUACCAUUUUUGUUGGAGGACUUGACUCGGAUGUUAGCAAUGAUGAUCUUAGACAACACUUUUCCCAGUUCGGUGAGAUCAUCUCUGUGAAAAUACCACUUGGAAAAGGAUGCGGGUUUGUGCUAUUUGCAAACAGAGCUUGAACGGAACAACCAUAGGCAAGCAGACUGUCCGACUUUCUUGGGGUCGAAGUAUUGGAAACAAACAGCGGAGAGCUGAUUCUGGAAACCAGUGGAAUGGAGGUUAUUAUUGACGGCAAGGCUACAGUGGUUACGGUACGGUUACGGUUAUGGCUAUGCAACACCACCAAGUCCGGGUCCUAGCAUGUACGCCGCUGCAGCUGCCGUUCCUAGUGCUUCUUAAGAGUGGUGAGAAGGAAGUUCUCUUCCUCGGGGAACUUGAGGAAGUACUUGAAGCAACACAGUCUGUGGAGUUCCAACGAUGUAUGGUUCCGCUUUUCAGACAGAUUGCACGUUGCCUCAAUAGCUUACAUUUCCAGGUGACCGAGAUUCCUAACAAUUUUCUUUAUUGCUGGAACAAGUCUUAACCAAGAUGAAGAUCAAAGUACUGCACUAAGUUAUAUAUGCAAUCAUUGCAAUACUUUGGCUUCAUCUAAAGCCUGAACCAGCCCUCUGUUGUACAUUGUUUCUUCUUCUUUUCUAAUCUUUUUCCUUUGAUUAAUGAGAUGUGAUGAUGAUUUGGCAUUAUUUUCUCACUAGGAUGAAUUAUGUCUUAGAAAUUCUAAUACUUUGUGUGUUUGUGUGUGUUUUUUUAUGUAUUAAAUUACAUAUUGAAUCAAUGUUUACGUAUUAAAUUUAAAUUAA